UCUGAUGUACAUUUGUAUCGACUAUAUCGAACACUUGUCUGACAUAUAUUUUACCCCUUCCCCUUCAAAUACAUUACCUCCCCUUAAAAAAAGUAUGUAUAAUAUUCUGAUGUACAUUUGUAUCGACUAUAUCGAACACUUGUCUGACAUAUUAUAUUUUACCCCUUCCCCUUCAAAUACAUUACCUCCCCUUAAAAAAAAGUAUGUAUAAUAUUCUGAUGUACAUUUGUAUCGACUAUAUCGAACACUUAUCCGACAUAUAUUUUACCCCUUCCCCUUCAAAUACAAGACAGCCCCUUUAAAAAAAAAAAUAUAUAUAUAAAAUAUUCUGAUGUACCUACAUUUGUAUCAUACAUACACAUACAUACACACAACACACAUACAUACCUAUACAUACACACACAUACAUACAUACAACACACAUACAUACAUACAUACAUACAUACAUACAUACAUACAUACAUACAUACAUACAAACAUACAUACAUAUACAUACAUACAUACGAACAAACAUACUCAUAUAAUAUGAGAUCAUCAUACAUAAUAUCCAAAAAUAUUAUACCUACAAUUUUCAGAUUAUAAUCACAUUCGGAAAAAAUGACUCGCUAAAGCAUACGUUAUACAUCGGAAUAUAUCACACACACACACACACACACACACACGGAAACUCACACAUAGUCACAAUUAUAAAUAUUGAAACAUUCCAAUCCAACAGAGUACCAUCCUAAAUUAUAUUUUACACCCCGCCACCCGUCCUCACGCCCUAACAAUAUCAUCCGACUACAGACCUGUACAAGCCUGUAGUGACACGUCCGAGUAUUGUCGAUGAAUUUCAGGCAGAAAGUAGUGCACACAGAGCAAAAUUAAAUCAGUCUGUUAACUACAGUUCAAGACGUUCAAGUGUCAAGUCGUGUUAUUUCAGAGUUCUUAUGUGUUUUUAAAGUGUAUACAAAUAUUUUACAAGUUUUAUAAAAAUCAAAUUAUUUAUUUUACUUUAAUGAACACCAUAGUUCAUUUUUUCACCACUAGUUCCGAUAUUAGCGCAUACGUUAAUAUUCGCUUAGAUAAAACUAUUUCACACUGUUAUUUAAAGUACAAUAUAUUUUUCUAUAAUUCAUUACCCAUCUAUUCGUUGAAGGUAAAGUCUUGUUUCGCGAGUUCGACUAGUGUUCUUCAGUUUUCAUCAGACGUAAUCAUGUUCCCCUGUAGUAUAUGUGGUAAAACCUUUACUCGAAUCAGUAGUUUACACAGACAUGCCAAGUCACAUGAUGUUUCCAAAAAGAUUUCAUGCAAUAUAUGCUCAGAAAUAUUCACGCGAAAAGAUAACCUCAUCAGACAUACCAAGGAUAAACACCCUUCAAAUAUUGUAGUUCAACAACAACCAACCAUAACCAAGCAAGAAAUUCAAGAUUUUUUUACACCAGCUGAACACAUUUACGAUUAUAAUGUUCAAUCUCGCAAUGGUCAUAAGCGCUCAUAUCAUACGGAAAAUUCGAAUGAAGCAGCAAAUGCUAAAAAGACACGCAUGAGAAUCGUCAAGACACAAGGGUUCAUUAAGACAGGCACAUCGUUGUCGAAUAAAAUCAAUUGGUAUUACGUGAAAAAUACAGAUAACUUGACCAACUACAGAACAUUUUUAGAAUCAACAAAAAAAGACUUAAUAGAACUACUCAAGUCACUAUCAGCAAAACAACCAAUUAAAUAUAAUCUUAAAUUAGAAGCAACAUAUGAACGCCCGAACGUAGAAAAUUCAGCAGAGAAUAGAGCAUUUAAGACCUCAGCUAAGGAAAUGUUUAUAGAUACAGAUAUUGAAGCUAAAAUUAAUCAAGAUUUUGUCAACCUUUUGCUUGAAGAAGAAAUGUAUACUUCUAAAGGAAGUGGAUUUACACUACAAUCAAUAGAUGGUUUACUGUUAGGAGUAUAUAGUUAUUUCCCUAUGGGUGGUUCGUCUUAUAUUACACUUCCAGAGGACAUAAAAAAUAAAAAAGCAAUUAUCAAUCCCCAAAACUCAGACCAACAGUGCUUCAAGUGGGCAAUCAUAGCGAGACACGUUUCGGGUAAUGCCAAAAAUCAAGUGGCUGAAAAUUAUACAUCGCUCGAGGACAAAUAUAAUUUUUCUGGUUUAACAUUCCCAACACCUGUGAGGGAAAUAAAAACAUUUGAAAAAAAUAAUCCGAAAAUAUCAGUCAACGUUUAUGGAUUAAAAAAAGAAAAGAAUAAGAAACAUAUUGUUUAUCCACUUAAGGUUGCGGAUGAAGAAAAAAAAUAUCAUUUUGAUCUCUUACUAAUUACUGAUGGUAAUAAAAGCCACUACACCUACAUUUCUAACCUUUCGAGGCUUGUGAGAUCACAAAAAACAUUACACGCCGAAAAUGUUGUAUUUUGCAAACGAUGUUUUACCAGUUUUGACAAUAUACAUACAAAAUAUAAGUUAAAAGGUCAGGCGGGACUUGAACAACACAAGUUGAUAUGUGGAGCACAUAAGCCAAUUCUGCCUAAGAUGCCUGAGCCCGGUACAUUGUUAGAGUUCGAUGGGUGGAGUAACACUGAAAGACAUCCGUUCGCGAUAUAUGCCGAUUUCGAGGCACUCCUUGUUAAAUGCGAAGAAAAAAAAGGCAAAAAAAACAGCAGCUUUUCAAAAGCACGAGCCAAUGAGCUAUGGAGUUUUCGUAAAGGCUUCAGAAAACGUCCCCAUUGAGUUGCUUGAGAAAUAUGACAUACCAACAUCACCUAUUAUUUAUCGUGGAAGCGAGUCACAUCAGGAUGUAGCCAAGCGUUUCGUUAAUGAAGUAACAGAGAUCGCGAGAAGAGUUCAAGAUUUACUUAAAACAAAUAAACCCAUCAUAAUGACAGAAAAAGAGCAAAUAGCACAUGUCUCGAAAAGUACAUGCAAUCUAUGUGAAUGUAAUUUUUCUAUCAAAAACCAAAAGGUGGCAGAUCACUGCCAUCUAUCAGGGACAUUUAGGCAAACUUUAUGCAAUACUUGCAACCUGAAACUCCAAAAACCUAACUUUAUACCGUGCUUUCUACACAAUUUGUCUAAUUACGAUGCACAUUUCAUCGUAACCGAACUCGGAAAUGACACUAAAUCAAUCUCAGUAAUUCCAAACAGUGAAGAAAAAUACAUUUCAUUUUCAAAACACGUUACCAACAACUUUUCAAUUCGAUUCAUAGACUCUUGUCGAUUCAUGGCAUCAAAGUUAUCAACACUCGCAGAAAAUUUAUUAACACCAGGGUUCAAGAAGUUCAGAGAAACCGCAAAAGCAUUCGCACCCAGAGAUAUGAAUCUCGUCACACGUAAGGGUGUAUACCCUUACGAGUUUACCGAUAGUUGGGACAAGUUAGAAGAAACGAUUUUGCCUCGGAAAGAAGAUUUUUAUAGCACAUUAACGGAAGAACAUAUAGACGAUGAGGAAUACGAACACGCAGUCACAGUAUGGAACCAUUUCAAAUGCAAAACCCUAGGAGAAUAUAGCGAUUUGUAUCU